AUGCUAGGACCACCUAGCUCUGGGAAGACGGCAUUGACAAAGCAUACCACGUCUCAACUACAAUCUGAUGGAACCCCGGAGUUCCAUCCGCUAACCAUCGAUCUCAGGGUAGUGGAUACUUCUACGGAGGGGGCCUUCCUCGACGCCUUUUUGGCCAAUGCGAAUAUAGCGGCGAAAACUUCCGAGGUGUGGACGGGCUUGAUGGACCAACUGACGGUUUCACUCGGACCCUUAUCUGUUAAGUUUGGUAAAAAGAAACCUUCUGCGACAUCGGCAGCGACCGUUUUCAAGGCACUGGGGGACAGCUUGAAGCCAUGGAAUUUUUAUCACGGCACAAGACCUCCUGUAUUGGUCAUUGAUGAAGCAAAUUUUUUCAGGCACAUGAAUGACCCCGGGAAAUUUGCCUUCUUAAACUUCGCCGUUCAAGCUUCUAAACAAGACGAGAAGAUGCAUGUGAUUUUGACGUCAUCCGACUCGUUUUUCGAGAGUUGGCUAAGACAAUACAUUAAUCCUGCCCACUUUGAGACGAUCACCUUGGGGGACCUGCCCAUUCAGGAGGCACACACGUAUUUCCUCGAGAUGGUCGAAAACCAUCGAUAUCUUCAGGAAGAAGAUAAAAGUAUCCUAAGAUCCAUCAAUUUCGACAUCCCCUUUAAAAUGACUGGAGGGCGAAUGCAUUUUAUCGAUAAAUACAUCUCUCAAGUCUCUCGAUAUGGUUAUUUCGAUGAGCCUGCACGCUUCGAGCCCGUACGAAAUGCAUACAACGCAAUGGAAGGCAACUUUACCGGACAUCCCAAGACAUACGGCGCACAAGAAGCCCUCAAGGUCUCUAAGCUUCUGAUUCAAUCACCUGGCUACAUAUCCUACUCCAAGACUAUCGCACUGUUCAACGUGAACAUCGUCGAAGAGAUGAUUGAGCGCAAUUUGCUCCAUUACCGACCAGCGUCGGGGUUCUCUAGGGACUUAAUACCUUUGCCUUCCAAAUCGGUUCUAACUGCGCCAAGCGAACCCGCUCUACGCGCAAUGGAAGAGUUGGUUGCUGAGUACGAGAACCAUUCUACCUCAAAUGGUCAGGAAAAAGUUUAG